AAAGUUUACACCUAUUAUAGGCUAAAUAUGGACGAAGAUGAACAAUUUGAAGAGGGAAACCUCCCCAUUGACAUUAUUAACUCCGAAGAGGACAAGAUCCCGGAGCCAGAAGCACGAAAAGAAGAUGGUAAAACUUCUCAGAUUAUCCUGAUGAAAGCUCAAACCUGGGAUAGAGAAUCCCAUGGCCUCUAUGAUUAUGAAAGCAGACGAGUUCAAAAAUUCGAGCGUAAAGUUGAAAACGAAGGCUGUAUGGUCCGUGAUAAGGAAGAUGUUAGGUUUUGGGAGAACCACCACCCUUACGAUUCCCAAGAAGAGACCUUUCUAUUCAAACUUGUGAGUAAAGAUAAUAAGUUCUAUGUAAAUCCUAUAAAUGACAAUCCUGCUAACGACCGCCUGUGGCUAGUGAUCAGGUCACUCAGGAACGGAUACACCAUUCAGAGCCAUGACAUUCUCAAGCUUGGCCGGAUGAAGUUUAAAGUCAAAGAGUUUAGAUCAGAACAUGAGUAUUUUGAAGGAGAGCAUGUCGAGAAAAGCCCCCAUCAAGGAUUUGAAGAGCUUCAUGAGGUUCAAGUAGCCGAAAGUGAUGAUAUAAUGUGCAGAUUUUGCUGGGUAGGUGAGCAAACUGAAGAAAACCCAAUUAUUGGAUCAUGAAGAUGAGCGGGAUCUAUUAAAUAUAUUCAUUUCAAAUGUCUCAAACUCUGGCUUGAGUCAAAAGUGAACAAGAAAAAUGAUACUGACUGUCAUAGCACCAUGAAUUGGAAAAAUUUUGAGUGAGAAUUGUGUAAACUACCCUAUCCAUAUACUUUCAUGCUCAAUGGAAAAAGAUGGAACUUGGUUGAUCUUAAGAGACCAUCUGACAAGGAUACUCCUUACAUCAUACUUGAGAGUUUGAAUUCUGAGAAAAACUCUUCAAGAACUAUUCAUAUAGUGACAAUCAAUACUGAAAAGACCGCUUUCUCCCUUGGCAGAGGUCAUGACUCUGACCUCAGAAUUAAUGACAUCUCAGUGUCAAGGAAGCAUGCGAAUAUUGAAUACAGAGAUGGAAAGUUCAUGUUCGUUGAUCUCAAAAGCAAAUUUGGUACUCUCGCAUUACUUAGUGAUGAUGUUGAACUAGAGCUGGAUAAUAGUCAGACUUUCCAGAUCGGCAGGACUGUAGUAACUCUCAAGGCAAAGGCAACACAGCCAUGGAAAAAUAGAGAGAAGCAAAGUGAGUUCUCAUUGAUAAAGCCAGAUCGAAGCGAGUUCCUUCAAAAUACAUCUAAUCUAAUACCUUCUUCUAAUUCUCCAAAAUCAUCAGGAAAUUCAGAUGAUAACAAAAAUCCAAAUUGCAUUCCAACAUUCGAAGCCAAUGACGGAGGCCAAGCUCUAGAAGACAGGCAACAACACAUUAUUGAGAUAGAUGGGAAAAGAUACCUAGUAGUACAGGAAUUAGACCCAGCUGAAGAAAAUCUUCCUGAGAUAUAAGACCUCGACUAAUUUUGAGCAAGUAAGACAGCAUAUAGCUAAAAGUAGCACCAAGCUUUGUUUGAAAUUCAACAGAUUCAGUU